UUGAGGGGACUGUGCUUAUAAAACGCCACACUUGAUCUCCAAGGAAAAGGCGUGCAGGCCUAGCAGUUGUAUCAUUGGAUUGGGAGAAGGAAAUGGAGAAAAAGAUUAGCGACUACAUAUUGGUGUCAUCUGGGCUCGGUGUCAUGGUUGCCUAUCACGUAUGGCUUUUCUAUCGGAUCGUCAGACAUCCCAACAAGACUGUAAUUGGCAUCAACGCCAUCAAUCGUCGUUUGUGGGUUCGUGCUAUGAUGGAGGAUGCGUCAAAGAAUGGCGUCCUUGCCGUCCAAACGCUGAGGAACAAUAUAAUGGCGUCCACCCUUUUGGCAUCGACGGCUAUAAUGCUCUGCUCUCUCAUGGCCGUCUUAGUGACGAGUGGCGGCCACAGUGAGUCCCCAUUAGUGGUACUUGGUGACAAAAGCGUGUUCGGUUUCUCUAUCAAGUUCUUCGCCAUUUUGGUGUGCUUUUUGGUGGCGUUUUUGUUUAACGUUCAGUCCAUCAGGUAUUACAGUCAUGCAAGCAUUCUUAUCAAUACGCCCUUCAAAAACAUUUCAACCCACGCUCACCAUCGACGCCUCACGGCAGAAUACGUCGCCACCACAGUGAAUAGAGGCAGCUAUUUCUGGUCCUUAGGAUUGCGUGCCUUCUACUUCUCAUUUCCUCUACUUUUGUGGAUCUUUGGACCUAUUCCUAUGUUCUCAUCUUCCUUACUCCUUGUUUUUAUGCUUUAUUUUCUUGAUGUCGCCUUUGAAUUCUGUUGGGCUGAUGGGAAUUUGGAUUACGUCCCUCAAAGGGACGAGGAGGAGGAAAUUGGGAAAUAAUUUCUUUUUCUUUUCCAAUGAAACUGACUCUUGUCUUUUUCUAGAGGGUGUCAAGCACGCAUUCAAUUCUGAGUUUGUUUUUCCUAACA